CAGGAUGGCGUAGUUCCACUUGCUGGACCCUCACUACGACGAGCACCACAGGGGCCGUCUCACCGCAGAGGGAGAGGUGUUGCCCGUUCUGCGGGUCCGGACCCACGACCGGUUUCUGGAGGAGAUGAGGUACGAUGAGAGGUACACUCCUCUCCUACGGAGGGCUGGCUUGGACGUCUUAUCGUACCAGGUCCGCCGUGGGCUGCCCACUUUCAACCCAGCGGCGUUGACGGCUCUGGUCGACAGGUGGCGGCCAGAGACUCACACUUUCCACCUUCCCUGCGGUGAGAUGACUGUGACGCUUGAAGAUUGCCAGAAGAUUCUUGGUCUCAGCAUUAUGGGUCGUCCAGUGACCGGUCAGGCAUCACCAGGCGGUUGGAGGCAGAGGGUGGAGGCCUUUCUUGGGAGACUGCUUCCGGAUGAGCUACGAGGUAGCCACAACACCGGAGUCCCACUGACCUGGCUUAGGCAGAGCUUUGGGCAGUGUCCACCUGGUGCAGAUGAGCAGACGGUUGGAUACCAUUGUCGAGCUUGGAUUCUCCAUCUCUUUGGUUCAGUUCUUUUUCCAGACGCAACAGGCGACAGCGCGUCAUGGAUGUUUCUGCCCUGCCUGACUGACUGGGAUACGACCGGAGGUUACAGCUGGGCUUCAGCAGUGUUGGCCUUCCUGUACAGGCAACUUUGCGAGGCUUGUCGUCGUUCGUCGAGGACGGCCAGCUUAGGUGGAUGUGUCUACCUACUACAGCUGUGGAUGUGGGCACACAUACCAGUCGGGCGACCCAGAGAGUUUCCUCCUCGUGAGUGGUUCGUGGUAGCCGGACAUCGGCUUAAGCCCACGGCUGCUUACCGCUGGGACCAGGUCGAGGAGCCAUUCGCACGACACCAGCGUGCUUACGUGGAGUACUCAAACGAGCUCGACGCACUUACUCCUUCGAUGGUGACUUGGCAACCGUAUCUUGAUCCAUAUUUCGCCAGCAUACAGUUGAGCAGCAUGUGCUCAAUAGACGAGAACCUCUACCUCAUGAGGUGUCCCCUCAUCUGUUUUUAUGCUGUUGAGUACCACUUGCCCCACAGAGUUGCUCGACAGUUCGGAUUGCGCCAGGAGUUUCCGGUGGAGCCAUUCUCGACUUCAAUACAACUUCAUAAGUUCGACAGACAGAGACAGAAGAAGGUCACGGACUUCGAGACGCACCAUCGUGAUUACAUUGAUGAAUGGGACCAGCAGGGGGAUCUGAACUAUGAGAAUGACCAGGCGCACACAAACUACAACUUCCGGAGGUAUUUGAUUUGGUAUUCGGGUGUGACUAGGUGCAAGCUGAAGGGACAGUGGACAGCAGCAGACUACGCCGAGCAAGAAUCGUCAGACGACGAAGACACAGCUUUCGACAUAGCUGCUCGGCACGGGUCCCAAAUUGAGGCUGCUCCAAUCCUUGAUAGAGUGGUAACUAUUUCUUUACUAAAAUUAGAGAUUUCAAUUCAAUGUUUUAUGUCUAGUUUUGAGCAUCCUAAUGUCUUAACUUGUGAUAGGGAAACUCUAUGCUCGUAUCUGUUGUUGAACUCGAGCGUAUCUCACAGAGAACUUCAGAUACUACUACGCUAUCGUUACUAUCAAGGGUAUCACGUCGUCUUCGUCGAGCAGCGGCUCGGUGUGGAUGCCGGUCUCUAGCGGGCGUUGACGUGCAGCUGCCUGUGCCUCGUAUGCAGCAGGACGUUCUGCCUCCCAUGUGUGCAGUUGGACCAUCUACAGCAGGACUCAGCUCGUCGCGAUCGACGCGGGACACGUUUGAGAACGUGGCCCAGGACGACGACGACGACGACGACGACGACGACGACGCUGGCGCUGGCGCUGGCGCCGCAAGUCAGGUGGAGAUUGGACCGUCUCAGUUGCAGGAUGCUCCUACAACUCAGCCAUCACAGCUGACACCACGUAGAAGGCGUCCACGAGACCCUUACACUCCAGGCACCGACGCUCUUGGGGCCAAGGGCAAGGGUAAGACUAGGAGGAAAUGAAUACUUUUGUGAUAUGGACUGUGUGAUUUGGACUUAUGCUGGAGACGUUGUAAUAUGAACUAUGUUAUGUGUUUUGGACAAUGUGUUGGGGAACUUGUAUUUUGGACUUUGUUUAUGGACAUUAUAUGAAGAACUAUGUUCUGUGGAUGUUUU